AUGUCGAACCAGCAGGUGGGCAUGGUCUUUGACCGUGUCAUCCAAGAAGUCUGCGAAGCCUCUCGGGUUGACUUUGAGGAGAGCGGUGUUGACCAGCAGACGUUGGAAGAGCUGAGAAAGAGCUGGCAGCAAAAGCUCUCGUCCCUGGGUGUUGCACACUUCCCAUGGGACCCUCCGCCACAGCCAGCACCGCAACCGCAGAACCCCAUCCUCCCUCCUACCGCGACCGUUCCCUCCAAUGCCCCCAAACCACCCUCAACCCAACAGCCGCAAGCACCUCAACAGCAGAUUCCUCAGUCACAUCCGGGCGUGACACCCUCUCUACAGGCGCCUGUUCCUGGCCAGCUUCCUGUUUCGGGGCCCCCUUCCAAUGCCAAUGGACAGCCCCGCAUCAAGACGGAGCCCGGGCUCAACGGUCCGAUGAACCAGAUGCCCCAGGCUCCCUCGAACCCCCAGUCCGCGCGCGAACGUGCGGCCAACAUGCUUCAACAGCGAUAUGGUCCUGCAGCCACGACCUCGAUCAGCCAGCUGCAGGCACAAUCGCAGGCCGCCUUGUCGCUCCCAGGACAGCCGCGUCCAGCUAAUCCUCAGAUGCCUAAUGGCCAGGGGCAAGAUAUCAAGCCUCAGCAGUACCAGAAUGUCAAUCAGCCACAGAGCACCCCUGUUGGCAAUGCACAGACAGACGGCGCGAGCGAUGGCCUUAUGGAGUGGAAGGCCGAGGUGGCUCGACGGCGGGAGGCUGCAGCACGUCAGAACGGCGAAGGUGAUCGUCUGCUGCGCGAGCAGUUGAGGUUGCAGGCUCUGUCGUUAGAGGGUGGUGGUCUCAUGCUUCCCCUAGAUGAGCAGGACUUGUCAUCCAAGAUAGCCAAGCGUCGUGUUCUCUCUCACUCCAUGAGGUCUACCUCUGAGGACAUUGUUCCCGGAGCUACUCCAACUAUGGCGCCGUCCAUCUCCAGUCUACCACGUCCUCAGUACGAUGGACCGGAUGACGAUGACAAGGUCGAGGAUGACGAAGACGCCAUCAACUCUGACCUGGACGACCCCGAUGAUCUCAUCGCCGAAGAGCAUGAGGGAGAGGAUGCUGUCGGUCAGGUCAUGCUCUGCACAUAUGAUAAAGUGCAAAGGGUCAAGAACAAGUGGAAGUGUACUCUGAAGGAUGGAAUCCUGACCACCGGCGGAAAAGAGUAUGUCUUCCACAAAGGCCAAGGCGAAUUCGAGUGGUAA